AUCGAAUCGUUGGUUUUGUUUGGAUUGUAAAUGGAUUGUUAUUACAAUGCAAGAGAAUUUAGAUGAUUAUAUUAAAUUAGCACAAAAUGUUAAAUCGGAAGAACCUUCAGUCGAAACGAGGAAAGAAAUACAAAUCAGCCUACAAAGAAGAAAGGCAUGCGAUGCUAGAGCGCAGAAAAUAGUUGAGUUUUCAGUCGAAGGAAAACUUCAACCAGAAAUUUUCACUAAAUGUCUUCCUUUUAUUAAUCAAUCACACUACCAAGACAUUGUAGAAGAAAGAGCUAUUACGAAAUUGUGCGGAUAUUCCAUAUGCGGUAGACGGAUUCCGGAUAUGCCUAAAAAACAGUAUUUUAUUUCUACUAAAAGCAAUAAAGUGUACGAUAUAACUGAUCGCAAAAAUUACUGCAGCAACUUCUGUUAUAAAGCAAGUUUGCACAUAAAGAAGCAAAUUGAUGAUAGCCCUCUUUGGCUGAGAAAACUUGAAGACAUUCCGGAAUAUCAAUUACUAAAAUCUGAUGGAGGGGGUUUACCGGGAGAAUACAUUGACCAAGGCAUUCCAAAACCCGCAGUUGGACCAUCAUUUACACCAGUAGGAGUUUUUACAGAAGCUUCAUUAUCAGAUAUGGUUAAUAAGGAGAUUAGUAGAUCGAAACCGAAAGAAAAAGAAAAAAAUAAAUCACAAGCUAAACCGAAGAAAUCGAAGCUUGUGAAAACGAUGCAAACAAUAACUGAAAACAGCGAACAAACUGAAGAAGAAGACGAAUCAAUUCGACCGGCAAGCGAACACCGAUGUCUUCAAAAAUCUGCCAGUUUGCCAGUAAUAAUCGAAAAUGAAGAGAACUAUGAUGUGAAAUACGAUUCUUGCGAAAACUUACAUUCAACUGGGUGUGUUGCGAAAUCCGAAAUCAAGAAAACGAGGAAAAAGGCCUCAAAAACUCCAAAAAUCAACCCCGAGGAGCUUAUUAAAAAAGUUAUUAGGGAAUGGCUGACAUUAGAGUCGUUUAUCUUCCUAUAUGGAGAGACCAAAGUGAAGGAAAUACUAAACGUAGAUAAGAUGAGCGAUUGCUUUGAAAAAUUGAAUAUAUCCGAACUGCAGAGGGAGCAACAGGUAAAAUACAUGGACAUCUGCAGGAGGCUUCACAUGCAAGAACUGGCAGAUGAGAAAUUCGACAAUGCAGUAGUCGGUAGCAAACUGAAGCCUGUACCGGAUUAUCAAACGUUAAAAAAGGAAAACAAGGAGUUGAACUUGAAAGUUAAAUGUUUCUAUAGUGGUAUUUUACACGAAAAAGAAGACAGUAAUUUUCCUACAAGAGAUGAUGCUGCAGAAGAAGAAGAACCGGAAAUUGCUCCUGUGCUUCCUUUGGUCGACGUCACGUCCCAAAAAGCUCUUAGAAGAAAGAUUUUUUUGAGGGCCGUUAGUAAAUCAAUGCAACAAUUACUUGAAGAGCUAAGAGUUAAGUCUAUCACCAUUAUUCUCUCUGAUCUACAAUCACUUGUGAAGACAUUUAAUUUAAAUGCUGACAACAUAGUAUUCAAGCCUGCUGUAUGGAAUUAUAUUAGUGUAAUUUUACUUCAUAUUUUGGCUAUCCGAGAUUCUAAUAUAAAGCACUUAUUACAAGAUAAAUAUUCAAUGGAAUACAUUAAGGUCCAGUUUUCGAUUUUACCGAAUAGAGAAGAACUUGUUAGUGAUAUUAUGAAGGAGGUCUACAAUGUUGAAUUGUUCAUUGAAAACUAUAUUUCAUCGAAUUAAUGUGAUUUUAGUUUUAAGUUAAUAUAAGC